AUGGCGUCUCAAGAAUCCAAGCCCCUCACAUUGACCGUCCUCGGCGCCGGCACCAUGGGCAUCGCCAUCAUGGGCGGCGUCAUGGCCUCGCUCGCCAAGUCCAAAACCGCCGCUGCCAUUGACCCUUCGUCCGCCCCCAAGGACACGCCGAACGUGUCCAGAUUCGUUGCCUGCGACACAUGGAAGCCUGCCGAGGACAAUGUCAAGAAGGCCCUCGGCCACUACAACUUCGACCUACAGACCCUCACCAACGAGAAUCUCAAGGGCGUCCAGCAGGCUGACAUUGUCCUGCUGUCGUGCAAACCUUACGGCUUCAAGACCAUUCUGGGCGAGGAGGGCAUGCGCGACGCCCUCAAGGGCAAGAUCAUCGUCAGCAUCCUGGCUGGUGUCACACAGAGGCAGAUCUCCGAGUUCCUCUACCCCGACGGUGCCGACAAGGCCGACGAUGCCUGCAGAGUGGUUCGCGUCAUGCCCAACACUGCGUCAUUCGUCGGUGAGUCCAUGAGUGUCAUCGAGACCAGCGACCCGCCGCUGUCAGAGGCACAGUACAAGCUGGUUGAGUUUGUCUUCAGCUCCAUUGGCCGCGUUACCACACUUCCUCCUGCGAACAUGGACAUUGCAACUGCACUGUGCGGCUCAGGUCCCGCUUUCUUCGCUCUGAUCCUCGAAGCUGCUGCCGAUGGUGCCGUUGCCAUGGGUAUGCCGCGUGCUCAGGCCUAUGAGAUGGCCGCACAGACAAUGCGCGGAACCACAGGGCUCGUACUGAACGGCGAGCACCCCGCUGUGCUCAAGGACAAAGUCUCGACACCCGGUGGAUGCACCAUCGGCGGUCUGAUGUCCCUUGAGAAGGACGGUGUCAGGAACGCGGUUGCGACAGCAAUCAGAGAAGCCUGUGUUGUCGCAUCGAGACUGGGUGGUGAGCAAAGGGAGUUUGUCAACCACAGACGAUAA